ACGGCGCGUGCGCAUCAUAGUCUUGGAGGAGCAGUUAGCCACCAGAGAGCAGUGAACACCACAAACAGGCAGCCACAACAUGAAGUGCUUUUUUAUCCUGAUAGCGACCAGUCUGGUGCUGAGUGCAUGUGCCCAGGACGCGGCGGAUUCUGACCUGGAGCAGGUGGCAUCCGCAUCGGCACCGGAUGCGGUGGCCGUGGAGGAUCAGGUGAGCGCCGCCAGCAGCUAUGCGCCGCUGCAGGAUAAGAAGCAGGAGAAGCGCUAUGUUGGUGGAUACGGUGGCUACGGAGCGGGCUACGGCGCUGGAUACGGCGGCUAUGGCGCCGGAUAUGGCGCAGGAUACGGCGGCUAUGGCUCUGGCCUGGGAGCCGGCUACGGAGGAGCGUACGGCAGUGGCGUCGGUGUUGGCGUGGACAGCUACUACAAUCCGUACAGCUCGCGAGCUCUGGGUGGAUUAGGUGAGGAUGGUGCUGCAGUGGCCGGAUACGGAGGCUAUGGAUCCACUCUGGGCGGCUAUGGAUCCGCUCUGGGCGGCUAUGGAUCGGGACUGAGCGGCUAUGGUGGCUCCUACAACUCGAAUCCCUACGCCCUGUCCUACUACAACAGCAGGCUGGGCGCUGGAGCCGGCACUGGGUAUCCGUACUACAACACCCGGUUCGGAGCCGGUGGCUAUCCAUCCAGUUACUAUACGAGCAACUACGGCAACAGCGUGGUGGGCGGCGGCUUGGGCGCAUUGGGCGGAGUGCCGCCCAUCGGAUCGGGCUAUAACUACGGUUCCGGAAUCUCGGGAACCGUCUACUAGACGCCGCACGGCCCAACGUUCAAGAUCUAAGCUAGUGGAAUUUAUUUUUUUUCAUCGAUAUAUUUUUUUCUAACUUUAUUUUUAUUAAAAGAUGCUAUAAAAGAAA